CCGAUUCCCACACAAAUAAUCCAACAAUCGCCAUGAACACCACCAUCGAAAUUCUAACAAUCAUCAUUUUGACAAUUUUCUGCUUCUACAAAUGGAAAUUCAGUUACUGGAAAAGCCGGAAAAUCCCAUACCUCGACCCGAAAUUUCCAUUCGGAAACGUAAGUAACCCGUUUUUCAUGAAGGAAAAAGUCGGCAUGACUUUGGCCCGCUUUUACAACGACAUGAAACAAAGAGGGUGGAAAUACGGGGGGUUUUAUUUCGGGGUUUCCCCCAUCUGUCUAAUCGUCGAUCCUGACCUCAUCAAAAAUAUAGUCACGCGUGAUUUUGAGCAUUUUGUCGACCGUGGUGUGUAUUUUAACGAAAAAGACGACCCUUUGAGCGGACACCUUGCCAAUCUAGACGGCCAGAAGUGGAAAAACAUGCGCAGAAAACUAAACCCGACUUUCUCGGCGUCUAAGACGAAAAACAUGUUCCCGAUUGUAAAAUUCUGUGUGGAAAAUAUGAUGGAAAAAGUGAAAAGUUGUUACGAAAACGCCCACAAGUGUUGUAACAUCAACGAGGUCUUCCCCGCGUUUUCCAUCAACGUGAUCUGUUCGUGCGCCUUCGGCUUGCAGGAGGAAAACGCGCUUUUCAAAGCCUACGCUGACGAGUGCGUCAGUUGGACAAAGUACAAGUACUUGGUCCAGAUUUUGGCCACGUUUUUCGACAAAACGGCCAAAAGAAUGGGAAUCACGACAGUGCCACGAAAUGCGGCCAAGUUUUUCAUGAAAGUGGUAACAGACAGUGUCAAAUAUCGGGAGGAAAACGAUUACGUCCGGAGUGAUUUUAUGCAAUUGUUGAUCGAAAUGAAAAAGCAAAACCAACUGACUAUUGAGGAAAUCGCCGCUCAAUGUUUCGUGUUUUUCAUCGCCGGUUUCGAAACGUCUUCGGCCACUCUAACGUUCGCUUUAUACGAACUUGCAAAAAACCAAAACUUGCAAAAUGUGGCACGUGACGAGAUUUUGGCCAAUUGUCCCAACGAAAUCACGUACGACUCGCUUGCCGACUUGAAAUUUUUAGACCAAGUGGUUGAUGAAACUUUACGCAAAUACCCGCCACUGUUGUACGUGACCAGACAGUGUGUUAAAAAUUAUAAGAUCCCAGACGAGGAUGUUGUUAUCGAAAAAGGGACUUUGGUGGCGAUCCCCAUUUCGGCGCUGCAUUCCGAUGAGGAGUUUUAUCCCAAGCCGGAAACGUUCGAACCGGAGCGAUUUAGCAAAACUGAGAAAAGUUUGAGACAUCCUUAUACGUUUCUGCCGUUUGGCGAAGGGCCAAGAAUGUGUAUUGGUAAACGGUUCGGUUUGUUGGAAGUUAAGUUAGCGCUGACUUGUUUACUGAAAAAUUACAAAUUUUCGGUCAAUUGCAAAACUAAGGAGCCGUUAGCCAUGAGAGUGGAUACGGUUGUUUUGGCGCCCAAAGAUGAGAUUUGGUUAGACUUAGAAAAAAUAUAAUAAAAUUCAAUUAAAAAAAA